AUGGGGAAGACAUCCAAGCAGACCAAGAAGUUUCAAAAUAAGCACUUGAAACACACGAUACAGCAUCGUAAGAGAGCCCAAGACUUCAAAAAGAAGGCUGCAUUGAGAAAGAAGGGUGGAGACGCACCGCAGCAGCAGCAGGAGGAGGAGGAGAAGGAGGCACCAAAAGAUGGUUCUAAAUUUGAGGAUAUGUCGGUUGAUGACUUUUUUGCCGGAGGAUUUGAAAUACCUAAAGGAAUGGAAAAAAGUAAAAAGAAGUUAGAUGAAUCAGAUGACGAGUCACUGUCAGAUUCCGAGGAUGAAGAGGAUAUGAAAAAAAAUCUUGAAAACUUAGAGAAACAGGAUCCUGACUUUUACAAGUAUUUAAAAGAAAAUGAUAACCAGUUGUUGGAUUUUGAAGGAGUGAACCCAUUGGAGGCAAUGAGUGACGACGAGGAAGAACAAGAUGAGGAAGCUGAUGCCGAGGAAGAGGAUAACGGCGAUGCAGUCCAAGCCACGACAAAUAAACCAACGUUAAAGGUGGAGAUUACUACCCAACUUGUCCACAAAUGGGACAAGCAAUUGGAAAAGCCUACUCCAAAGGUUAUCAAAAACAUAAUUAUUGCGUUUAAAGCUGCCGUGAAUAUCAACAGUGGAGAAGAUUACAAGUACUCUGUGGUUGAUCCAAAGGCUUUUACAGAAUUGAUGUUGAUGGUUUUGAAAAAAGUGCCGAUGGCCGUACAAGAAAUUGUAAAGUACAAGACGAAGCAAGGUGUUAGAACGAUUCCGCAGAAUGCCCAGGCUAGUCAAAUUGGCUCAAUCUUGAAAACCCACGCAAGCUCAUACAUCACCUUGCUCAAGGACAUCACCAAUACUGAAACUGCAGCCAUAAUUUUAGCGUCUUUAUACGAAGUGUUUCCAUACUAUUUGUCGCACCGUCGUUUGUUGAAACAAAUCAUCACUGCUGUGGCAAAUGUUUGGGCCAGCUCCAAUGAGACCGAUACACAAAUUGCUUCCUUCGCUUUCAUCAACAAUGUGGUGAGAGAAUAUCCGAAAUCAAUCUUGGAAAUGGUUCUUAAAAUUUCCUACUCGUCGUUCUUGCAACAUUGUAGGAAAACCAACCCUCAUACCAUUUCAAGAGUUAAUUUUUGCAAAAACUCAUUGGCUGAAUUGUUUAAAAUUGAUGAGACAAUAGGAUAUCAGAUUGGGUUUGAGUAUGUCAGACAAUUAGCCAUACAUUUGAGAAAUAGCGUAAAUGGGAAAGGAGGGUUUGUGACUAUAUACAAUUGGCAAUACUGUCAUUCACUUGAUUUUUGGUCAAGGGUUUUGUCACUUUGCAAGGACGAUUCCUCCUUAAAGCAAUUGAUUUACCCAUUAGUGCAAGUUACGUUAGGGGCAAUUAGACUAGUCCCAACUGCCCAAUUUUUCCCCUUACGUUUUUACUUGAUUAGAUCUCUUUUGAGAUUGUCCAAAACGGGGGUAUACAUACCGUUGUUUCCGUUGUUGUAUGAAAUUUUGUCGUCAACCGCCAUUACGAAAGCACCCAAACCUUCUACCUUGCAAAUUGUUGACUUUGAACACAAUAUCAAGGUAAACCAAGCUUAUUUAGGGACCAAGGUUUACCAAGAUGGGUUGUGUGAGCAGUUUAUUGAAUUAACUUCCGAGUUCUUUGGAUUGUACGCAAAGAGUAUUGCAUUUCCUGAAUUGAUAACUCCAGCUGUUCUUGGAUUGAAAAGAUUUACCAAAAAGUCUAAAAACAUUAAAUUCAACAAACAGUUGAAUCAAUUGAUUGAGAAGCUUAAUGCAAAUGCUCAAUUAAUUACAAGUAAAAGGUCCAAUGUUGAAUUUGGUCCAAGUGACAAGCGAGAUGUCAAGGAGUUCCUCAGUGCUUUGAGUUGGGAAAAGACUCCUCUUGGACAGUACAUUGUCGUUCAAAGACAAUUGAAGGAAGAAAGACUUCGUUUAUUUAAGGAAGCACAAGAGGAAGAAGAAAGGGCAAAGGAGCAGAAGAAAAAGGAAGAGGAAGAAGAAGAGGAAGAAGAGGAAGAAGAGGAAGAGGAGGAGAAGGAAGAUGAAGAUGAAGAUGAAGAUAUGCUGGAGUAA